UCUUUCUUAAAAAGUGGUAUUGACUAACGUAGUAAAAUAAAUGGCAUUGAAUGUCAUAAGCAUUAGAGAUGGCGUUGCAUUCAUUUCCUUUUUCUUUCUGAGUCGACUGCCAUCAUGCCGCCCAAAAAAGAUACCAAGGGGUCUUCGAAACAACCACAGAAGACACAAAAGAAAAAGGAAGGUGGAUCUGGUGGUAAAGCCAAAAAGAAGAAGUGGUCCAAAGGAAAAGUACGUGACAAGUUAAACAAUCAAGUAUUGUUUGACAAAGGUACGUACGAGAAAUUACUCAAAGAAGUGCCGCAGUACAAGCUGAUCACACCUUCCAUCGUUAGCGAAAGAUUAAAGAUUCGUGGAUCGCUUGCGAGGCGAGCCUUGAUUGAAUUACAGCAGAAAGGGCUUAUUAAACAAGUUGUACAGCAUCAUGCGCAACUAAUUUAUACGCGCACUACUAAAGGUGAUGAUCCGGCUGCGUAAUUUGUUCUUACGCAAUAUAUAAUAAUGUUUAAUAAAAAAUAUUAAUAAAUCCAAA